CCCACGUGACUGUGGUUAAUCCUCGGCUCAAUCGGCGUCACGGAGAUGCGCCGCCGAUCCUGCGCUCUGAUAUUUUUUUCUGAAGUGAUCCAGACCGAUUGCACUUCUCCAUACACAGUAUCCCAGAACCCUCUAUAUUUCUCCCCUCUUGCCAGAAUUCGUGACAUUCGACAUGGGUACAGGGAAGAAAGAGGCGAAUCGCAAGAUUCGUCAAGGCAAAGUUGGCGAUGGCAUGGGCAAUGUCAAAACGAAGGGCGAAAACUUCUACCGGUCCGGCAAGAAAGUACGACAAUUAAAGGUUCUCACGGGUGGUGGUGCGCAGAGAAACGCAGCCGGCGAGAUCACCAAGGCUGCCGCAUACCAAAGCAGAGACAUCCCCAAUGCCCGUGUCGAGCCCAAUCGAAAGUGGUUCGGCAACACUCGUGUGAUAUCCCAGGACGCCUUGAGUGCCUUCCGUACUGCAAUUGCGGAGAGGACGUCGGAUCCCUACAAUGUACUUCUGAAAACCAACAAGCUCCCAAUGUCGCUCAUCCAUGACGGACACGAGGCCAAAGACGGUGUGAGGCAGCACCAGGCGAAGAGAACCAUUCAGAUGUCCUCCUUUUCCGACACAUUUGGAUCGUCGUCCCAAAGAAAGAGAGUCAAGCUAGACGCAGGUGACUUCACCAGCUUGGCAGGAGGCGCUGGUCAAGAUAUGGAAACAUACGCGGAGCGACAGGAACAAGCCAGACUGCUUUCUGGCAAAUCUGAAGAAGCUUACGAAGAUGACCAAGACGACGGGCAGAUCACCACCGCCAUCGAACCCAUAUUCAGCAAAGGUCAGAGCAAACGUAUCUGGAACGAAAUGUAUAAAGUCAUUGACUCGUCUGACGUGGUGAUCCACGUCCUUGACGCCCGAGAUCCCGUGGGUACAAGAUGUUUGAGUGUUGAGAAAUACCUGAGGGAAGAAGCGCCUCACAAACACCUAGUCUUCGUCCUGAACAAAACCGACCUGGUGCCGACCAGAGUCGCUGCCCGCUGGGUCCGCAUACUAUCCAAAGAAGUCCCUACAUUGGCGAUGCACGCCAGCAUAACAAACCCAUUCGGCAAAGGCAGCCUGAUCGAAUUACUCCGACAAUUUGCCAAGCUACAUAGCAAUCGCAAACAGAUCUCUGUCGGCAUGUUGGGAUACCCGAAUGUGGGCAAGAGCAGUAUCAUUAACACUUUGAAAUCCAAGAAGGUGGCCACUGUGGCCCCCAUCCCUGGUGAGACCAAGGUGUGGCAGUACAUCACCCUGACAAGAAAGAUCUACCUGAUCGACUGUCCCGGCGUCGUGCCUCCGUCGCAGAACGCUACGCCACAAGAUCUCCUGCUUCGAGGUGUCGUACGGGUGGAGAACGUCGAGCAUCCUGCACAAUAUAUCGCAGCUGUCCUGGCAAGGGUGAAGACGCAGCACAUGGAGAAGACGUACGGCAUCAAAGGAUGGAGCGAUCCGACCGACUUCCUUGAGCUGCUUGCACGGAAGGGCGGUCGUCUAUACCAUGGAGGAGAACCAGAUGUGGACGGAGUAGCAAAGAUGGUUCUGAACGACUUUAUGCGCGGCAAAAUUCCGUGGUAUUUGCCGCCGCCGACUGCUGAGGACGCUGAGGCUGAGACAAAGGAGGACCUCAUUGUAGGGCAGGAGGCAGAUGCAGAAGAAGCUGCUGAAGUUAGCGAAGGUGGGGGAUCACAGGACGGCGACUCUUCAAGUACAGAUCAAGAUCAGGGCGAAGGGGUCGAGUUUGCAGGCUUUGAGUCCGAGUGACGUCUUGCAUGAAUUUAUGAUGGUGCUCUCUGCACUCUUUCCACUGCAUUUCAAACCAUGAAUUACGAUUUCAAAACCCC